AUGCUGCUUCGAUCAGCGACUACACGAUGGGCGAGGGCAUGCGUUCAGAAUUCGCGUCGAUAUUACGGGACGCAUCAUGAGACCCGCUCGCUGAGGAUCGGGACCACGACGACGCUGGUAGCUUUAUUGGCAACGGGAUAUACCGCGCACUCAUGCUUCAACAGAGCCAUCCGUCUCGAAGAAGACAUGGCUAUGGAUACUGCGUCGAGGCUCAUCUCGUUCCAGGAGGUGCAGAAACAUACCUCCAAGGGGGAUUGUUGGGUCGUCAUAAACGGGAACGUGUACGAUGUCACCGAGUUCUUGUCGCAGCACCCCGGUGGAGAAGCUAUCAUACUUAAAAAUGCUGGGAAGGAUGCAACACGCAUAUUUACUCCUCUACACCCGCCAGAUGCUCUGGACAUUCUAGAUGAAUCCCAGAAACUGGGUCCCGUCGAUCCGCUCACCGUGCCAGAGUUGGAGGCUCCCGAGGUGACUGAGGAGGAUAGAAAGAUCGAGGCAGCACGGAAACGUCUACCGCCUGUCGAUGCGAUGGUCCUUUUGCAGGACUUUGAGGAAUGGGGAGAGAGAGUGUUGACUGGGACAGCGUGGGCGUAUUAUCGCAGUGCUGCGGACUCCGAAAACACAUUCACCGAGAACCGGGACGCGUUCCGACGCUACUGGCUUCGUCCGCGGAUCCUGCGCAAAGUUGGCAGCGGUAGUACCCGCACAUCAUUCGUCGGUAUCGAAACGGAGAGCCCCUUUUUCAUCUCACCUGCGGCUAUGGCCAAGCUGGGCCACCCUUUGGGAGAGCUAAACAUCACGCGGGCGGCGGGUCGACUUGGCCUCGUUCAGGGCAUCUCGGCGAACGCAAGUUGUGGGCUGGACGAGCUGAUGGAGGCGCGAGUAGAUGGGCAAAAGGUGAUUUAUCAGAUCUAUCUCAAUAAAGACCGGAAGGCGUCGGAAGCCUUGCUGCGAAAGGUGGAGCAGCUGAAACCGGCGGCGGUCAUGUUCACUGUGGACGUGGCUUGGCAAAGCAAGAGAACAUUGGAUGUGCGGGCGAAACACAUCCCCGUUGAUGUCAACGCCGAUACCUCCACACCACGGUCCAAAGCUCCUCUCGGUGUGAGCGAGGCGAUUGGCGGUUACCAAGACUCGAAUCUCUCUUGGGAUGACAUCGAUUUCAUCCGGAAACACAUUAGCGCCCCGAUCAUCGUGAAGGGGGUACAAAGCAUCCAAGAUGUCGAGAUGUGUAUCCAGGCUGGAGUGCAAGGGGUUCUUCUUUCCAAUCACGGUGGAAGAUCAUGCGAUUACGCGCCGGCCCCAAUCGAUAUCCUUUACGAAAUGCGAUGCCUACAACCAGAUCUGUUCAACCAUAUCGAUGUGAUGAUCGAUGGCGGAAUACGUACCGGUGCCGACGUUGUCAAAGCGCUCGCUCUCGGUGCCAAGGCCGUUGGAAUCGGACGACCGAUACUGUAUGCCAACGGCACUCAUGGACAGGAAGGUGUCGAGCGGGUCUGCGAAAUACUACAAGAGGAAAUCACCAAUACAAUGCGGAACACGGGUGCUACGAAGAUCUCGGAGCUUGUGCCAGAGAUGUGCGGACCUGCUGGGCCGUGGGUCGGCAGUAAUCGUCCCCCUUACGCAUAG